GUGGACAUGCAGCUGUGUAGUGUGUACCAAACAGAGGGAAGUUUCCCUACCUUAUCUGUGGUGGGUAUAAGGGAAGGGAUGAUCCUCGCCCUUCGUGCCACAUUCUAGUUGGAUAUUGUAUUUGGCGUUAUCACUUAUAACUCCUAAACCCCCUCCACGCGUCCCAGAAUAUCAUCAGCUCGAAGUCAGAAGUUCCAUCUUACACACUGCGUCCCCAUCACUUGGACGUUUCGAUUAGCUAUCAACCCAUAGAAGAUCCAUACUUCACAAUCACUCCAGAACCUCUUCAGACUCUUUCCUCUUCUGCCGGUCUUCAAUCAUACAGUGCCAGAUUCUCGUUCUCAUCAACCAUCUUACCGGCUUGUCUGGCCACGACCAACUGCAAUGGUUUACAGGCAGGGCCUUGUGGCCGGAAUCAUCUCGUCUGGCGCUUCCUGUCCUAGUGAACUCGGCAGCGAGCUAGGACCGAAUGCCGCCAACAAACUAGCUCCUUACCAGAGGUCCAACAUCGAUAUCAACAUAACGAACCAUUACAGCUCCAAGGUCUACACUUCUUCCUCGCCUAUCGUUGGCGAUGUCACCAUCACGACCAAGCGAGAUGUUCGGUUCGACGACAUCGAAAUCAUUCUACUCGGAAACACAAGGACAAGGACAGAAGGUGUAAACUCACCCGCCGAGAUUGCACAUACCUUCCUCAAGCUGGUCAUGCCAAUCCCAUCAUCGACAUAUCCGGUGCCGAGAGUGCUGGAGACUGGAAGGACAAUGACGAUUCCUUUCGAAUUCGUCAUCCCAAACCAACUGACCAUUGGUGCCUGCAACCACAACGUACAAACCGACCAGGUGCGAGACCAGCAUGUUCUUUUACCACCAAGCAUGGGAAAGGAAUGGGAAAAGGACGACAUGUCACCUACGAUGGUCUCGGUCGAAUACACCAUCAAGGCCAGGGUAUUUCGCCAACCAAACGUGGGAGGAAAAAGAAUCAGGAUCAUGGAAGCCAGGAAGUCCAUCCAGGUGCUGCCCGCUUCGCCAGAGGAACCGCCCCUCAACAUCACCGAGAACGACAAGCUAUACUGCAUGUACAAGAAGAAGUCUCUGCGCAAACUUCUUUCCACCAAAGUCGGCACACUGACCGCCGAGGCCAUCCAGCCAAGGGCCGCCAUCCUUCAAUCCAACGGUCGAACGAUGACCUCCACCCCCAUGGCCCAGAUCCGACUCAAGUACGAGCCCACCUCAUCGCAACAGCUUCUCACUCCACCCUCCAUCACCAACAUAUCCGGCAAAGUCACCGCGCACACCUUCUUCAACUCCGGCACGGUACCCGCAUUCCCUAACAUGGGUAACUGGACCGCGGACUUUUCGAUAGACAAGCGCGGAGUUUAUUCGACAUCCGUGCCGCUGCGCAAGAUCUCCGUGGUCCAGCCGACCUGGCAACAACACCAUUACUCGCUCGAGAGGCGAGACUCUGGGUAUGCCAGCGACUUUAGCAGGCCUCGGUACCAAAAUAACAGCGAACCUGGUUCUUCAGAAGGCGAAACAACACCAGGUAUCGGCACCGAAACCCGACGAUUAAUCCCCCCAUCACCAUCACCAUCACCACCAACCCCAUCACCACUACCCAAGUCCUCCUCCUCCUCCUCAAAGAAAACCAAACCCACCUCACCAACCUUCUUCACCACCACCCUCCCCAUCCCCCUCUCCCUCUCCCUCCCCCUCGACCGCCGCACCUUCAUCCCCACCUUCCACUCCUGCAUCGCCUCGCGCGUGUACACCCUCACUUUAUCCAUCACCGCUGCCGCAGGCAGCACCAGCAAAGCCAGAAGCGCCGGCGCAAGCACCACCUUCUCCCUUACCCUCCCACUACAAGUCGCAGUGGAAUGGGACUCCGAACAGCAGGAGCAGCAGAGGGUGGAUGGGCAGGGGUUGCCGCAUUUUGAGUCGUUGUAUGGCUAUGGUACCUCUGGUGGGAUGAUGAUGGGGGUGAACGAGGAGGAGGAAAGGGCGGCGGCGGAGGAGCAUUUGAGGCCGAGGGUUAUUGGGUUACCGCCUGAUUUGUGGUAUCGGGAGAGGGAGGUGAGGCAAAUGCAGAGGGGGAGUCAACAAAGGGAGAGGGAAGGAUUCGGAAGCGAGGGGGUGACUACUGGUGGAGGUGGAGGUGGAGGUGGGCAAGGGCAGGUGAGGGUGAGGGUGGCGGAGGGGGGAAGGUUGCCCGGGUAUGGGGAGGCUAUUCUGGCUAGGUGAUUUUCUUUCAGUCUUGUUGUUUUGUCUUCAUUUUCUUUUUUCUUUUUUUUAUCUCCAUGGGCGUGUUAAUGUGGGCUUUUGGCAUAUACGGAUGGAAAAACAUUUGUGCGGAUACCGGAUGGAAGAUGAUACCAUGGCGUGGAUAUGGAUAGCAAUUCCCUUGUCUGGACAAGGAUGCAGAUUGUAUGCUUUUGUUUACUUCCCCCCCCCCCCCCCCCCCCCCCCCCCCCCCCCCUUUUUUUU